AUGGUUCCCGAAAAAGUUAUCUGUACCCAUUCAGGCUCAUUCCAUGCCGAUGAAGCUUUGGCUGUUUACAUGAUCAAACUAUUACCAGAAUACUCCAAUAGUAAACUAAUUAGAUCUAGAAAAACGGAAGAUUGGGAAAAAGCAGAUAUCAUUGUUGAUGUUUGUGGCGUUUACGACGAAACUCAACAUAAAUAUGAUCAUCAUCAACGUACUUUCCAAGAAUAUUUCGAUAAGGAAAAAAAAACCACUACUAAACUAAGUAGUGCCGGCUUAAUCUACAAACAUUUUGGCAAAAGAAUUAUUCAACUUUUGUUGUCCCAUGCCAAUGAAGAUGAGAAAAUGCUGGAUGUUUUGUAUAAUAAAAUUUAUGAUGAUUUUAUUGAAAGUGUUGAUGCAAAUGACAACGGUGUCUCUGCUUAUCCAUCGUCCAUUGAACCAGGCUUUAAAAAUGGAUUGUUAACUUUGCCAGGUGUUAUUUCCUCGAUGAAUCCUAAUUGGAAUCACCCAGAUCAAAGUGACGCCCAUUUUGAUAAAUGCUUUUUAGAAGCUAGUAAAUUUAUUGGUGAUAUUUUUGUUAGGUAUGUUAAAAACUUGGGAGAAUCUUGGUAUCCAGCCAAAACCAUUGUUGAAGAGUCAAUUAACAAUAGGUUUACUGUUGAUCCAGAAAGGGGUGCUAUAAUUAAAUUCACUCAAUUUGUCCCAUGGAAGGAGCAUUUACAUGCUAUUGAAAAGGAAUUAGGAAUAGAAAAUCAAAUCAAAUUUGUUUUGUUCCCUGAUAAUUCUGGCAGCUGGAGAGUUUCUACUGUAACCAUUUCACCAGGCUCCUUUGAAUUCAGAUUAGGUUUACCUACUGAAUGGAGAGGAUUGAGAGACGAUGAAUUGAGUGCUAAAAGCGCUAUUCCAAAUUGUGUCUUUGUUCAUGCCGCCGGGUUUAUUGGUGGUAAUAAAACUGAGGAAGGUGCUUUAAAAAUGGCUCAAGCAAGUUUUUUGUAG